CUGGAAAUCAUUUCUCUCCCAACGAUUUCAGGCAUGAUCGCGCGCAUACAACGAGGAGGGUCUGCCUCCCGGUUGAACACUCUCACACUCCGUCCUCCGUCGUCUCCGACGUUGUUUAUAUCACGAUUACCACUCCGGCGCCUUGAAAGCACGGUAUCAAAUACCCCACCUUCCUACCCGGCACCCCUCCCUACCCACACACCAGCACCGCGCGCAACAGGCCUGCGACUAAUUGCUCGUCGAUCAAGAGAAGGGUUUGCGUUUGUUUUGCGAUUCAAACGUACCCUAUUGGAACUAUUCCUUUGGAUGAUAUGUGGGAGUUUGGCGUUGGAGUUGAAGUGGAUGCGUAGAGAUUUUGAAGAGUACAAAGAAACCGUAGGAGUGAAGCGGCGUAAAUUGGAGGCUGAAUUGCGGGAACUAAGGCGGGAGUGUGGACUGGUGGAUGCAAGUGACGACAAGGUGACUGAGGUCACCAAAAGUGUAGCCCAGGAUAAAUCUUUACCUGUCCGAACGACGGAGGCACAAGCACCAUCAAGAAGACCAGCAAUCUAUUGAGAAAUACGCCAAUUCAGACAUCUUAUUUAUAAUACAUGAUAUAUUUUGCAUUUGACAAGGCACCACAGCAUAAAUCCGAUGCACGGCCUUUGUAAGGAUUGGUAAUCUAAAGUUUACGUCGGAACGUGUGCUCAUCCCAACACAGUGACCCAAUGUGGCAAGU